AUGUCGCGGCGAGAACGCCUGGGGUCACCGGUCCGCGAGGAGGACCACUCGCUCUUCGUCCAGUUCUUCCUCCAGGCGUCGCCGUACAUCACGGGCCACCGCGGGAAGACCUUCGUGAUCGUGAUACCCGGCGAAGCGCUCGACGACGAGGACACGGCGGAGUCGAUCCUGGACUCGGUGGCGCUGGCAGCCUCGCUGGGGGUCAAGCUCGUGCUCGUGCUCGGGUGCUUCCCGCAGAUCCAGUCGCUGAUCCGCACGCAGGGCGUGCAGGCGAAGUUCGUGAACGGGUACCGCGUGACGGACCGGGAGUCGCUCGUUGCCGCCAUGGAGGCCGCGGGGCAGGUGCGCCUGGAGGUGGAGGCCCGCUUGUCCCGCGGGCCCUCCGUGGCGAUGAUCCGGCGGCACGAGAAGUCCUCGCACCACCGCGUGCACUACAAGCCCGCGCUGCGCGUCGCGUCCGGCAACUACGUCAUGGCCAAGCGCCGCGGCAUCGUCGACGGCGUCAACUACGAGCACACGGGGGAGGUGCGCUUCGUGUGCGAGGACCUCAUCCAGCAGCAGAUGGACCAGGACUGCGUCGUCAUCCUCAACAACAUCGGCUUCACGACCAGCGGCGAGGUCCUCAACUGCAACACGUACGAGGUGGCCACGCACGUCGCGACCAGCAUCAAGGCCGACAAGCUGGUGUUCUUCACGCUGCAAGACGUCGAGCGCAUCGGACUGCCCAAGUGGCUCCCGCUGCUCGACGCGCAGGCGCUCGUCCAGAACAUGGCCUUCAACCGACAGGUCGAACGCGCCAAGAACGGAGACUGCCCGGCGCCCAUCUCCCCGGACGACCUCCAGGUCGACAUGGACAGCUGGGCGGUGCAGGGGUGCCCGUGGGAGCUGUCCUCCGCGGUCGCCGCGUGCCGCGCGGGCGUGAAGCGCGCCCACCUCAUUCCCGCGCGCCUCGACGGCGGGCUGCUCCUGGAGCUCUACACGCGCGACGGCGUCGGCACCAUGGUCAGCACGGACUUCUACGAGGGCUGCCGGCCCGCGCGCCGCGACGACCUCGACAGCGUGGCCGACAUGCUCGCUCCGCUGGAGCGCGCAGGCAUCAUGGCGCCGCGCAGCCGCGAGAAGCUGGCCGACGACCUGCAGUACUACUUCGUGAUCGAGCGGGACCAGAAGAUCCUGGCCUGCAGCGCGCUCAUCCCCCUGAGCGAGCACCUGGCGGAGGUGGCGGCGUUCUGCGUGCGCCCCGAGUACCGCGGCGACGGCAAGGGGGACUCGCUGCUGGACUACCUCGAGCACGUGGCGGCGAGCCGCGGCGUGCAGAUGCUGUGCUUGCUGACGACGCGGACGGCGGGGUGGUUCGAGCAGCGCGGGUUCACCAACGUCGGCCCCGCGCACGAGGCCGAGGAGCUGCCCGAGGCGCGGCGGGCGCGCAUCAACGCGGCGCGCAACAGCCAGGCGUACGUGAAGAUGCUGGACGAGCGCUGA